AUGGCAUCAAAGUACAUACUACCCUGUUUUCGUUUCAAGAGUGGACGGAUUGCCAAGAAGGAAAAGGAUAAUGAAUUGCUGACAUAUCGCAACGAACUUGUCGAAGCACUUGACAGAACAAAGGGUAAACUGGAGGCAAGCUGGAAGGCAUUGGAGAGCAUUGUAUCCAAGCCGGACUAUCAAAGACACAUUGACCAACUUUUCGAUGUGCUCUAUACUGGCGGACUUCUGACCAACGAGGGCAAGUUUUCCAAUCGAGGAGAUCUUAAACUUCGCACCAGCUACUGUGUCUUUAAGACACAUGAUGAGCUGAAUGCUCUUCGUGUUUAUGAGCAGUUGAUUAAGCGACUGAGACGUCGUUAUAAGCAUUUGGAUGCAGCAUUUGAAUCCCAUGCCCAACGUCUAUUGACUCUACUUGGAGGUUUUGAGGUCGAAGCACGUCGUCGCCUGGCGUUGCUGAUGACAUUGUUCCUCAUCGAUGGACAGCUAAAUCCACGUUUGCUUCUAGCGUUGGGACAACAACAGUCCAACAUUGAUGAGGGAUUGGCCUUGGAGUUUAUGCUGAUUGUGUGUGUAACGCUAAAGCGCGAACGAGGCGGCAAUUUUAUGCUGCAGAUAUUCAAAAAAUCUGGUUUGGAUGGCAAGAUCAUAAGCUAUAUGCCACCGAUGCUGCGCAGUGAUCUGUACUUUCGUCAGGUGUAUCAAGAGAAUGAUCUCAAUGAGAUUAUCAAAUUGCAUGAGACUCGUGCCGGACAAGAGUUGCGUCGUCAGUUGCAACAGCGUUUGUUGGAUGACUUUAGGGAAAAGUUGCCACAGGUUGAUGUUGUCAUGAAUGUGCGACAAUUUCAACGACAUCAUCAUAUGUCCGAUUCUGAGGUAAUUGCCAUUGUCUGGCAUACCAUAAUUUUCAGUCACAGUCCCAAUUUCAGUGCAAGCACCACCAGUGCCAGGUCUAAUUUCAGUUCGCCAUUAAAUUCCAGUCUGGAGCGGAUUUUACGUAAAUUGCAGAUAUAUUCGCCAUUGUUGAAUGGCAUUUGCAGCACAGACAGUGCGCAAAUCGCACUGUUAAUGCAACUGCAGGAGUGGUGCUAUGAGCACCACUCAUUCUUGAACCACUUUGAACGAUUGACCGUGCAUCUGUAUAAGGCGGGUGUGAUUAAUGAGGAUGCCAUCAUUCGAUGGUAUGAAGUGGAUCACAUUGACAAGGGCAAGGUGGCAUUUCUUGACCAAAUGCGAUGCUUUGUCCAUUGGCUGCACAGCGACAGAGAUGCCAGCAGUCGUGUUGACUAUAACACCUAUUUGGCAAACCGUCAGCAAACUCAAUACCGCAGCCAGCCCGUUUAUAGCGAUGUGGUAACAACUAGGCACAAUACCAAAACAACCAUCUAUGUCAAACACUCAUAA